AUGUCCCAAGAAGAAGAAUCUAUGCAGCAAAUUGUGCACAAUGUAAAAUUGAUGCACCAGCAGUUACAACAACAAAUGUUGCAACUGCACCAGCAGCAGCAAAAACUACAGCAGCAGCAGCAGCAGCAGCAGCCCCAACCCCAACAACAACAGCAGCAGCAUCAACAACAACAGCAGCAGCAUCAACAACAACCGCAGCAGCUCCAACAACAACAGCAGCAGCAGGGUAACAAUUCGACUAGAAGACACAGAAGAGGAGCGGGCCGCGCCAGAGCCCACUGGUACCAGCGCGGUGCCAGAGGAUUUUUCCCGCGCGGAAGAGGAGGCCUGCGCGGAAGAGGAGGACCGCGCGGAAGAUGA